GGUCCGUGGCGGGAGAACCGGAGCGCUUCGAUGCUGGCGGUUCUGUGCGAUGGGUCGGCAUCGGUGAGCUUCGCCGACCCGCGGGGUAAGUGGAGCCGCAAUUGGCCAGGCAGCGUUCCAAUGAAGGUGCGGGGCGAGCUCCUGGGCCUCGAGCCCAAGGCCCCCUUUCACUGGCACAGCGAGGUCCAUUGCAAGGAAGGUGAAGCGAUCUUAAUCCCUGGGUGGCUACGCUACAAACUCUCCAGCGCGGAGACUGUGCGAGCCUACUCUUUAGCGGCUCUGCGCGGCAGUGCCGGGGCGCAAGCUGGAGCUCCCUUGGGCCAGCGGGCACCACGGCCGCCACCACUUUGCGUCGACGCGUCGACCUUCGCAGGUCCCGGCAGUUCCGCUCACCACACCGAGCUCUAG